CGCCUAGUGGCCGUGCGUCUGUGCGUCGUCUCUAUGGUGGCGGCGGAUUCGGAGGUACCAAACGUUCCCGGGAUCCCGCCAGCGGUUCUGGGGCACCCGUUGUAACCUUUGACCCGGGCCGGAGGAUUCGUGGAGCCGAACGGAGAUGUUCCGGCGCGAGCUCUCCAUCCCCCUUCGGGACUCGGCCGCUGCCCUGAGCAACAACCUCAGCGUGCUGCAGCUGCCGGCUGGAAACCUCAAGCAGUUUGCAGUGGUCCAUGGCACAAGCGCCCAGCUUCUCAGCGCUGCCCCUGAGGAUGGGUCGCUGGUCCAGCGCCAGCUCCACGCGAAGGAGGGCCCGGGAGUGAGCCCCUCACUCAUCACUCAGGUCCACUGGUGUGUCCUCCCCUUCCGAGUCCUGCUGGUUCUCACCUCCCAGCGGGGAAUCCAGAUGUUUGAGUCUGAUGGCUCCGUUAUGGUGUAUUGGCAUGCACUGGACUCUGGAGAUGCCCCUCCGGUACAGGCUGUGUUUGCCCGAGGAAUUGCUGCCAGUGGCCAUUUCAUCUGUGUGGGAACAUGGUCAGGCCGAGUGCUGGUAUUUGACAUCCCAGCCAAGGGUCCCAACAUCGUCUUGAGUGAGGAGCUGGCCGGGCACCAGAUGCCAAUCACAGACAUUGCCACCGAGCCUUCCCAGGGAGAGGACUGCUGGGCAGACGUGGUGACAGCAGAUGACUCAGGCUUGCUGUGUGUGUGGCGAUCAGGGCCUGAAUUCACAUUGCUGACCCGUAUUGCAGGGUUUGGGGUGCCCUGUCCCUCUGUGAAGCUGUGGCAGGGGAUUGUCGCAGCAGGCUACGGAGAUGGGCAAGUGCGUCUCUAUGAGGCCUCCCAGGGAAUGCUUCAUGUCCAGAUCAGCGCUCACGCCCGGGCUGUCUCUGCUCUGGAUCUGGCUCCGGAGGAGGGAAAGCUACUCUCGGCAGCCGAGGACACAUUUGUGCACAUCUGGAAGCUGAGAAGAAGCCCUGAGAAUGGCUCUAUCGAGGUGGAACACUGCCAUGGGGAGUGCGUGGCCAACACCCAGCUGUGCGGCGCGCGCUUCUGUGACCCAUCGGGCAGCUCCUUCGCCGUGACGGGCUACGACCUUGCCGAGAUCCUGAGAUUUGGCAGCAUGUGAGAGCCAGCAGCCUCUCCUCCUCCCUUUGGUAUUUAUAAAGUACCCCCUCCACCUGG